UAUUUUCCACAUUUUUAGCUCGGAUGGACUGACUGCAGCACAGCGUGAAAACUUUUUCCUGUGGGGCGGUGAUGAAAUCCGCAAAUUUUCUCAGACUUUUGCGCUGUAAAAAACACAUAAUAUAAGCGCAGUUCGUUUAUAUUUAGCAAACGGAGCUGUAUAGUAAGUCUUAACCAAGAAAAAAACCCUGAAUGUUAUAGUGUCCUUUUAAUUUAUUGCUCAAACUUUGGUCAUUGUAACAUCGGCUCGGACACAAAGUGGAUAAAUAUUUUCCUACAUUUAGUAAUAAAGAGUUGCUGUGAGGGGGUGACGGCUGUAGCACUGGACCCCUGGAGCAGGACAGUAUGACGUCACAGACCAGCAGCCCCAGAUCCUCCAGAGAUUGACCCAGGAUGGAGCUGAAGGUGUGGGUCGAUGGAGUUCAGCGUGUGGUCUGUGGGGUCACAGAGGCCACCACCUGCCAGGAAGUGGUCAUCGCUCUGGCUCAAGCAAUUGGUCGCACAGGACGGUAUACGCUGAUCGAAAAAUGGAGGGACACCGAGCGACAUCUCGUUCCUCACGAGAGUCCGGUGGCCUCUCUGAACACUUGGGGGCAGUAUGCCGGUGACGUGCAGUUUAUCCUACACCGCACAGGUCCGUCUCUCAAUGAGUACCCCUCAACUGAACGUCUGAAUCCUCGGGGCCCAGAGCGUGGCUUGCAUCGACAGAGCCUUCCGUUGAUGGCCAAGCUCCGAGCUCCGGGUGACCGUUCCCUCCGUCGGCGCGAGCCACGGCGCAAAUCUCUGACCUUCACCGGUGUGCCCCGCAGUCUGAGGGACAUUCUCAGUGGAGGCAGGCUCAGUGACAGUAGUGCCAAACAACGAGAGGUUUUAGUAAGAAGUGCUCACAAUUCACCCUCAAUGUCCCCUCGGUUAUCAGGCCACCGUGUGGAGGAUCUUACCCAACUGGUGAGACUGCAGAGGGAGACUCUUUCGGUUCUAGACAGCAGGAUAGAGUCGUACGAGGCAGAGCUUCGAAUGCUGACUGAGAAAAGAGUUGGACUAGAGGACAACGAACUGUAUGUGAAGAUGACAGAGGAAGUUUCAAGGUUGGAAAAGCAGGUGCGAAGAAACAAGGUGGAGAUUGAGGAAGAGGAAUUCUGGGCAACCGAGCUCGAGAUUGAGCGGGAGAGCGAGAGGCAGCUGCAGGAGCACCUCCAGGAGUUGAGCAGUCGGUUGCGCGGCUGUGAGGCGGAUCUGGAACAGCGGCUGAUGUCUCUGCAGGGUGUAGAGGCAGGCAUAGAAGCUCAAAAGCAACAUAAGGAGAUCAGAGAGAGCCAGCAGGCCAGUGAGGGGGAAGUGAAGGCUAGACUUCAGAGAGUGAAAGCAGAACUCAAGGUUCAAGCUCAACACACGGCCCAGCUUGAAAACAGCUCGAGAGCAGUGGAACGCUCACUGACUGAGUCAUGCAAGAGACUGCAGGAGAGUCAGUAUGAACUGGAGCAGCUUACCAAAGAGUUGAGGCAGGUAAACCUACAGCAGUUCAUACAACAAACAGGCACCAAAGUCACGGUUCUGCCCGUAGAGCCUGGCGAUGAGGACUCCAGCAACACAACAGAUGAUAAAGACUUUGCUGCAUUAACUGGCUCACUGAAACGUCCGGGUUUAUCUCAUCCAGUGGUUGGCAGCAUCCAUGGACUCCAUAGUCCGAUCACCUCAGGUUUAAAUCCUGAGGGCAUCUAUGUUUAAGGACCACUUGGUAGACUUGAUCUCAAUCACAAAGAGCUGCAUACCAUUUCAAAUACAAACAAUAAGUAUGCUGAUUUUCAUAUGUAUAGUAUCAUUGUAGUCUCUAAUAUUAGAAAGUGAUACCUGUAACCUUGUCACACAAAAAAAAACUAGUAGAUGAAGGAUGAAUUACUUUGGAAGCAUAAAUAUAUUUUUGUAUUCUUAUUUUAGCCUCUGGAAACAUUUGUAUGAAUGUGCAACUUUCACAUUUGUGUUUACUGUUAGUGGAGCUCAAUCUGACCUGUGAUAUUUAGGUUUUUUUUUUUUUUACAUUUCAUACUAUGGUUGAUUUAGCAGUUUGUAUAAGUGUUUUACUGUUGAGCCAAAGACAAUCACUUAUUUUAGUUGCAAUAUGUUACUGCAUGACUGCAAAGUAUUGUACUCCUUGCUUUAAUUUUGCCAAUGUCAUUAUUGUUGAAAUAUACAUAAAGUGUAACUGAUA